UCUGAUUAUCCAAGGAGGCUCAAUUAUGCCACACGGUGGAAAACCGAGACACCGUACACAAGAAUUAAUAUCAUUCACUGCCGUAGACACGUUCUGGCGCUGCUGCAGUUUGCUUUUUACUCCUUUACAGGGGGUGUGUUUGAUGUAACGAAAAGUUCUGUUAAAAUAAUUUUCCCAUAUAAAACAUUUCAAUGAAGAUCUUCUAAACAAUCCAAUGGUCGUAUACGCGCGUGAAGAAUCACCGUGAAAGGCGUAAUAAAAUUGUGCACCGCGCACACUGACUGCUUAUCCAGCAUCGAAUCACAACAUUUUUAUUUGGUUUUCGCUGUUACAACAGUGCAACAACGUGUUGUUUACCAAGGUGUUGGCGCCGGCCGUGCAGCUGAACUUCAUGAUGGACCUUAGCACGGCUUACCGCUACAAUGCCAGCAUGAUGGAAUAUUACUCAUGCCAUGGAGGCGUGAACCAACUGGGCGGCGUGUUCGUAAACGGCCGGCCACUGCCCGAUGUGGUACGCCAGAGGAUAGUGGAGCUGGCCCACCAGGGGGUCCGGCCCUGCGACAUCAGCAGGCAGCUGAGGGUCUCCCACGGUUGCGUCUCCAAGAUACUGGGAAGGUACUACGAGACAGGUUCAAUCAAGCCGGGGGUGAUCGGGGGCAGUAAACCGAAGGUGGCGACGCCGAAGGUGGUGGAUGCCAUAGCCAACUACAAAAAACAAAAUCCGACCAUGUUCGCCUGGGAGAUUAGGGAUCGGCUGCUCGCUGAUGGCGUCUGCGAUCAGGACAAUAUACCGUCCGUCAGCUCCAUCAACAGGAUUGUCAGGAACAAAGCAGCCGAGAAGGCGAAGCAAGUGGGUGCUUCUUCUGGUCACAUGAACGGUGGCCACAGUCCGCAGCCCACCUCAAACGCCACCUCCGUCAUAGCCCAUGCGCCCCCUGCCCACGAAGGCCAACCUCAGCUUCAGCGUCCUUCCUACUCUAUCAACGGCAUUCUAGGCAUUCCUAAUCCCUCCGGCACCGGCUCGCAGCAGCAACACACACAAGACCACACGGGGACACAUAAAAGAAAAAGAGACGACGGUGUUGGAAACGAAGGAAGAGAUAUAAAUGGAGACCUCCACGACGAUGAGUCCAAAAGACAAAGAACGCAAUAUAAUGGAGACCAAAUAUAUGCAACGCAAAUGUGGCCAAAGUGGCCGAAACAAGAUGAACUCAAAGCCGGUGCUAUGGUACCAGAACUGACGGCUGCAGCAGUCGCAGGAGGUGCACCAUAUACUCUACAACAAUUUCCUACGACUCCGGAGCAGGCCUUCACACCGGUGGUCUCCACAACCACAUCUUCCAACGAACACAUAAAACCCGAAAUCUCGCAUUAUGACGCCGCCAUGUCAGCAAUGACGUCACAAGUGCAGUCUUCGGCAGUUUACUCACCACCUUUAGAUCAGUGCAAUAGGCCACCAUCUUUGGUGGGCCAUUUUGUGACGUCAUCAGGCAGUUCAGGAUUGGGCGGAUUAAGCCUACAAGACAAAUCAUUGCUCGGUGUAACAGGGUCUUUACUAGAUCCUUCAGCAUUAUCUCAUCAUUAUCAGCAAGUAGUGGGUGGCGAGGUGUGCAGCCGUUCCUCCACACCGAGGAAUGAGCACCAGCACGUGGUGACCACCUCCGAAGCCCCCUCUUCCACACCUGUGUCGUCAUGCCUCACCUUGCUUCAGCCCCUGCAUGCCACCAGUUCUGCUUUGGACCCAUAUGCAGCCACCUUCUCACCUUCACAGUUCCAAGUAACGGGCGCGGCUGGUGUAGGAGCAGGAACUUCAGUAGGGGGCGUAACAGGCGCAGAGUAUGCAGCCUAUACGUCUCCGUAUACGCAGUACUCGCCAGCAGCUGCGUAUAGCGCAUAUGGUUAUGGAUCAAGCGGAAUCAUAAAUCCUUCUUAUUACUAUACACCAAGUGCUGCUCGAUCAACGACAGGAGCAAAUCCUAGCCUAGCGGCAACUUCUCCGAUCAGUCCCAACAACUUCAAGGCAGAGAGAUGCUAGUGAUCACUAUUUAGAACAUUCGAUGCCAGCCAUGCCGGACAGCGAACCGGUUCGUGGGUACCGAUUUUAUGACAUUUCAUGAAGUUUCGAGAUGAGAAUUCCUCGACUAUUCUCAGAAUACGCAUACAUUGCUGGUUGGGAUACUACCUCGAUACAUGAUGCUUGAAACAUACAGACACAUGUGUCUUUCCCAUUGCUUGCCUUUCCGUGCGAUGCGCAGGUGUAUCAACAAAUGGUUCAUGCAUGCGCAGUAGAAUUACAAUUUGUGUGAUAAAAGUUGAUCCAUGCAGACGAUCCAGAGUCGAAAUAGUUUGCUGUUUAAAUUCAAUGGAUCUGAUUCAGAUGAUUGAAGAAUUGCAUGUAGAUGUAUUUUCCAUUAGUAUUUAUUUCAAUGAAAUCUUUACUUUUAUUGAUUUCAUUCCGAAAUGGUAACUUAUUUUAAAUGGGCUUUAAGCAUUAAGUGUUAUUUUCAUUUCUCGAUUAGCAACUUCAAGGAUGAAAACUAUUGAUUUUGAGUAGAGAAACUCUACUUGUAUUUUCUCGUUUCCCACCGAAAGGAGUCUUUUUAAUUUAUUUGAGAAGUUGACUUGUUUAGUCUUCACAAGAACAGGGAAAUCAUUCAUCAUCCACACAGACGACCUUUAACAUGUUUUCAUCAAAAAUAAAAUAUUUGUUUGAAUGUUUGAAGUAUUUUUUUUUUGAACUAUUAUAAUUUAUAUUUAUCAGUAGUCAUCAAAAUGUUCAAGUUUCGCAAGCUGAAUAUCUAUUAAAAUCAGUGAAGUCUUCUAUAUUCUAAUAUAGAUAGAAGCUACUGUUAUGAACAACUAAAAAAACAUCUUCUUAAUCUUAAGUGAAUAAACUUUUUGUUCCUAUUUUUAUUUCGAUAACUUUUAUUCAGUAACUGGAAUUGUACUGCGCAUGCUAUUUUGAAUAAUCCACCGUUAAGAACAUAUUACUGAAAAGUAAUUUGAACGAAGAAGAAGCAAAAGAAAAGGACUUCUUUUGAAUGAAACCUACUUAAAUAUGUACAGAGUACUUCAUUUUCGGAAAUGAAUCCGAUAUCAGAAGAUUAUUGAAGUAACACCAAAGGAACUUCAAACUUCGAUAACUUUUUUAACAUAAAUUGUAAAAUGUUAUGAUACACAGGGUAAGCCUAAAGUAGGAAAAUGAACUGAUUGAUUCUUUUUUGUUCGUGCAUGAUUUUAAAUAUUUUGAGACCAAAGAUUUUGUUUUCAUUUCAUCUUUUUCUCUUUGCUUGUGUGUACAAUAUACGUAAACACAGUAUAUAUACAUAUAUAAAUAUACAUAAAUAUAUUUUAAGUAGUUGCUUAAUAUCCACAUAAUUUGUAAAAUAAAAUAUUUACUUUAUGUAAAAAUUUGAGUAUUGAGAUAAUUGUUAUGGGCUGAAUUAAUUUAAUAUUUUAGAAUUUAUUACUGCCAAUUAAAACUAAGAAAUUAUAAGGCAGAUAUUGCUUCAGGCCUUAUGUACUUAAAGAAAUGAAGCAUUGUAAUAUAAAUGUGUAAUUAAUGCUUUGUGUUUAGUACGACAGUAAGAAAAAUAAAGAUGGAUGACUUUUUAAACUUUAUAUUUAUAUUUACCGCUUAACUUAUAUUUACCGCUUAAUUUAAAGAAACUAAUAAAUUUCUGAAAUCUGAUACCUAUGUCAAGGACUUCAAGUUACAACACCUACUAGGUAUGUUUUCAAAGUUAAUAUUUGUAAAGUCUUACUAAACAUUAAAAAAUAAAGUCAAUAACGUAAAAAAAUGUGAAUUUAUGAAUUCGUAAAAACAGUAAUUCAUCCACUAAAAUAUCGGGGAUGGAAAAAACUCCUUUUUUUUUUUUCAAAUUUAAGUAUGUGUAUUGCACAUACUUAAAAUGUAAACUGAGUAUCUUCUUUGCGAUAAAAUUACAAUACUUAAAUGUGUACCUAUGCAUGUUUAAAAAUUAUUUUAUAAAUUAUUAAUUGGGUAGACGUAAAAAAAAACCGCAAAAUGUUUCAUCAAAAUCAAUUUGUAUUAUAAAGAAUCAUCAUCAUGUAAAUAAUGUGAAUAAAAUACAUUCUUAGGAUCAAUUAAACAUUAUUAAAUGAGAAAUGUGAUUCAAGGCAUUCUAUGUUUGCUCCUCAUCUUCUUAUUUAAAUAUAAUCUUAUUUAAAUGUUUAAAUUGAUAGUUAUCGUUUAAAGGAAAGGAAAUAGGUUAAAAAGUCUACUAGCACAAAAUUUAUUCCUCUAAUAGAAUUUAAAAUUUAACUUUUAAACUUUAAAUAUUAUAAUUAUAAAAAUAGGCGUCACUUUUUGUAACGAGAUUUUGUUUAUAAAAUAGUUAUUUUAAUAAAGGAAUAUAAUCUUCCACUUUUCCAGGAUAAAAAAAAUUGUAAAACUUAAGAAAAUUAACUGCAAAAUAUUUUUUUGUAAAAACUUACUUCAUUUUUGUAUAUCUAAAUAAAUAAAAAAAUUUAAAUUUAAGGAUUUUAAAGCUUCCUUUUAGUGUGCUGCACUAUUAUGUACAUAAACAAAAUGUCUUAUUUUAGAAGUUUUAAAGGAAAAUUUUAGUUUUAAGGUUAAUUUGCCUUAUUUUUCAUUUAAAAGUACUAUUAGCUCUAAUUUUGUUACAACCUGCAUUUAAUCUCAUCGUCUCUUUGCUUGGUAAAACUUAAAAUGGAAUUCAAGCUCCUUUUUUUUUGAUAACUUUUCAUUCCAACUUUGGUAUGUAUUUCACUAUUCCACCCGACAAUUGCUUUAAAAAUACCUCGCAUCAAAAAGCUUAUAAAUAUUAAUAAAAUUAAAAUAAUUUUUUAUAUUGUUUUUUUCCCAACAAGUCAUAAAGAAAAUUAUCUAUUAUAACAUGUUAAUUUCUUUAUGACCAACGCAUCGUUUUAUGAUAAAAGCAUUAUGAAAAACGAAGUUUUUUCAACUUAUUUUCUCUCUCUCUAAAAGCAAUAAUCAUUCUCUUUGAAUUAGUGUUUAAGACUUGAUAUUUUCUAUUAUAGUUCCUUAUUUUGUAGAGUCGAAUUGUACAAAUUUGGGUUAACUUUGUAUAUUUGUGCAGUGUGGAUACUAAGCAAUUAUUGUCUUUGUUUUUCUUCAACAUUAUUUGUGUCCAUUUACAAAUGAAGGGAGAAGUAGUCAGUGAUCUUUUUACAAAUGUGUUGUGAUGAACAGGUCCAAUCGAUAACGGGUUUUUCCUCAAUUAAUCGAUUGAACUAGUUAAUUUUUAUGUUCUUAAAAGAAAAAAAUAAUGUACUUAGAGUUUGGUGGGAUGACAUGCAAUGAAUACAUUUAUAUAAAAAUUUUUAGAAUUAGUUAUAAAAUUGAGUUAUUUUUUUACAGUUUUCCCAUUUUAUACAUGUAAAGUCUUUAGUGUUUUGAUUAAAUAAUCAAAAAUGAAUUUUUGUGGGAUAAGCUAUAGCAUAAAUAAGUAAAGAAGCUUAAAGACAUCCAAAUAUUUGUGAAAGUUUCAUUAAAUGUAAGAUAAAAAAUAUUUGUUUGCUGUACAUUUAUAUGUGUAUUUUUAUAUGUUUGCAAAUACAUAUAUUUGUUUGGUGCUUUUAUGCAUUUAUUACUUAGUACAUUUUACUGAAUUAUCAGAAGACAUUUUUAUUACUUAUCAAAUAUUGAUAAUUCAUCAAUCUAAGAGUUAUGUGUUCGAAAUAUGAAAAUUUAAUUACACUUGAGAUAACACGAACUUCCUACUGUAACGUAUGUUUGUUCUAAAAAAAAACUGAAUUUUCUUCCAUGUUGUAUUGAGUAUUUUAAUAUUUUGAUUAUAAGCCAAGAAUGCUUAAAUUUUGAAAAUCUACAAAUUUAAUGUUUUAGUUUAUAUUUAUGUAGUAAUG